AUGACAAACUACACAGGCGAUCUUCACCGGUACCGCGUAGCAAAUUUAGACACAAAGCACAGCAGCAACAUAUACGACUAUCCGAUUGGUGGAGCAACCUACCUCGCCCACUGGUUCCGAGAAAUAGUAUCUCGACAGACAUGGACGGGAACCGAAUUUCUCAACCUUAACCCCAGUAGCGAUGACCCUGUGGACACUCCCACCCUUCUGAUUAUGAUAUCAUGCUACAUGUCGCUAGUAAAUAUCUACGACACAGUUUUCUACGACCUACUCCAGCUACUAGCUAUUCUACCAGACUUGACAUCGUCAACAUCAUCCCGGGCUGAGCUACGAUGGGACCUGCGACUGGGUGACCUGCCUCUAACGAAUGAGGGGUGCGUGCGGAUUCUUAAUGCCGUGCAGAUAUUGCUGGAUGCUAUUGAAAAUGAUCUAGGUAUGUGA